UGCCCUAAAAGAAAUUGUUGCGUAUUUCCGUCGUUUAUUGACGCAUUGUGUCGUAUUGUAUUUUUCCGUAUAUAAAAAAGAAGUAUUAAAAUAUAAUAAAUUUCAUUUGAUAAACGCGACGCGCCAUUUCAUUCAUUUAUAUUGAAAUUAAAGCCGACUUUCAGACUAAAGUCCGCCAAUGUAUAGUAAAAAUGUAGUGGUGUAGUGCAAACAAAUCAAACAAGAUAUGUCAACUUAACAUUUUACGUUACGUUUACGAAGACAUACAAAAAAAAUACCCAAACAGAGAAAUAUUUUGAAAAUAAAGUGAAAAGGAAAAAUAAUAAAAAAAGAAAGAAAUAAGAAAAAUAUUUUAUUGUAACCAAGUGAAGUGUGAAAUUUUCGAAAUUUGCUCUCGGCGCGUUCUGUUCUCCCACCCAAUUAAAAUUAAAAGCCUGUGAAACACACACAAAAAAUUAAUCAAAAUCUUGUAAUCCUUUUUAAAAUUCAUGAAAAUCUGAAAAUCAUAAUUAAGUUGAAAGAAAAGUUUGCUUCUCAUUAAAAUCAGAGUUAACAAGCCAGCCAGCCAGCAAACGAGCCAGUGAGCCAACGAUUUAACCGUGGAGCAUUGUUGUUUGUGUUUGUUUUGUAGACCGUGUAGCAUGCGUGAGUGCUAAAGAAGUAUUGCUGUUGCUGUUGCUUUUGCCUGCUACAACCUCGUUGAGUGCGCGGCGAUUACGAUAGUAAGUGAGUGAGUGUGUGUGUACGUGUCAUUUUCUGCAUUGCAUUGCAAACCAGUUUGUGUUAAACAAAAUUCAGCGCCCCACACUCCCCCCACCCUAGACACAGAUUUUGGAUAUUCACCAUUAACAGCCAGCCAACAAUUCACAACAACUUUAAUGCUUGCCUAGUAGUGUUUGUUGUUGUAUUUAUUUCUCCCCAUCGUGUUGGAGAGAACAUUAACGGCGAUCUUGCGACGCAAUUUGGUAGUUGAAUUUCCAUAUCACCGUCAUCACAUUUAUCCCAAUAAACGCCGCGUAACGUAACUUAGCGCAUCGCAACGUAUGUGCUGCCGCUGCCAAUACAUUGCUGUGCUGUGCUGUAAGGUGUGCUUGUAUAUACAUGCCCCCUUUCGUUGGGUCUUUGUCUUUGCGAAGUCAGACUGGCUGACUAACUGUCUGUUUGUUCGUUUGUUUGCUGUCUUUGGGGUGCCGUUGUAUAUGUGAGAGUGAGUGGUGUUGUUUAAGUGCUUGUGUGCUUGAUCGUUCUAUUUUUAAUGUCGCGACAGUUUCUUUUAGCCGUUGACACGAAAAAAGAAUAGAAAUAAAUAAAAAAGUAUUACAAAAUAAAAGAAGAAAGAGAAAGAAAAUACAAAGACAACAACUAAACAUAAAUUUUGUCUCCAAAUCGGAGGCGUUUGGAGAAAAAAAUAAAUCAUUGCUAUAACACACCUCUUAUCCGCAAGAAAGCGACGCCGAAAGAAAUCAAGCCAUAUUAAAGUCAUUUUUAAUAAAAGAGAAUUAAAGAAACAAAUAGUGUCAUAUUGAAAAUAAACCUCACCCUAAAGAUUUCUAUUGAACAUUUGCUGUUUCUGGAGUUUAAAGUGCCGUCUUGCUCUUCUUCCAAAACCAUAACCAAGACCAGCUGGCGUUAACCACAAUAGCGGCAGCGUUGACGACGGCAAAGACAACAACGUCUACCUCCUUGGGCUUAACAUAUACCGGACUUUAGUCAAUAAACAUUUACUCCGUAGGCAUUUGAAGAUUUGAAGACUUCCCACCCCCACCAAUCUACUACAGCUAAUGCCAACAUCACGCACACAUAAGUAAACAUAGCCAAGCAGAGAAACAGCUCCAACUGAACUUAUUUUGCUGAAAUUACCUGCACAGAGGAUUCUAAUGACUUAAGAGACUUCGUUUUCGAUAUCCCUAAACAACGGUAUUGCCAAUGAAAGCUCUAUAAUCGCUCCUCAAUACAUCAUAGCCAUCAUUAUUUGCAGUGAAGCCAGGAAUUAUUUUGAGGAUAACGGUGUCAACGGGAGACAAUCGUUUUUAAACCCAAAUAAGAAGCAACUCAAGCAACCACACACCACAACAAGAUGUCUAGCACUGCAGACAAAUUACACCGACAUUUGCACUUUGUAACAGUGCUGGCGGCCAUGUUUUCCCUACUCACCAGCAAUGUAAGGGCCUUUACCAGCAUCAGUACGAGUUGUGGCCCUAACUUUCCCAGCGCCUGCUGCUGCGGCCGUGAAAUGUACGAGGGCUCCAUGCAAUACAUUGUGAACUGUACUAAUGCUGGUCUGCGCAACACCAGUGUUUUGGAGUUUAUGCCGCAGGAUGUGGAAGUCUUGAUAUUUACCGGCAACCUCAUACCAGAGUUGCCAUGGAAUGUUUUUGGCUCCAUAAACAGUUAUAAGAAUCUAAGAAUAGUGGACAUGAGCAAUAAUCAUAUAAGGGAAAUUCGUGGCAAGUCCUAUCAUCAUGUGCAAAAUGUGGAACGUUUGAUUUUGAAUCACAAUAACCUCAGCAUUUCGAGGGAUGAUGAUGAGGUUAAUCACCACCACCCCCGUGUGUUCUCGAAUUUCCUGAAUUUACAAAGCCUGCAUUUGACCGAUGCCUUCGAUGACAACAGCUCCCCACAAUUGAGUGAAGAUCUGCAUGAUAUAUUCAUGAACAGUCAAUUGGAUAAGUUGCAGAAACUGCACUUGGAACAGAAUGAGAUAACCCAUUUUAAGGAUCGCAAAGUGUUUUGUGAUCUACCCAGUCUAAGAGAUCUGCACUUGGGCGAUAACUUCCUUAAGGACAUUAACUUUGAGGUCAGCUGUUUGAAGAAUCUGCGUUUUCUGGACCUUGAACGCAAUAAAUUCGAGUUUGUCAAGACACAUGAUCUGAUGGUGCUCAAUGAGCUGGAGGCUCGCAAGGAUCGUACCACAAAUCUCAUUGUUGACUUCAAUUUGAAUCCCUUCAGCUGUGACUGCAAAAUCAGCUCAUUCCGCACCUGGAUUCACUCAACCAAUGUGACGGUGCGCAACAAGGAGAGUCUCAUGUGCUUCCAUAACGAGGUCGAUCCACUGCCCAUACUAGAAAUGGAUAUGUCACAGUGCACUGCUGCCAUAGAUGCAGCCACCAUAAUGUUCAACACAGCCACUGAUAAUCAUUAUGGUCUUGGUGUACAGGAAGAGACAGGUUUGGCCCGCCACACAGCCACUCUGAUAUUCCUGUUGAUUGUCCUUAGUAUGAUACUGUUGGGUCUGGUCGUUGCUCUGGUCUAUGUCAGCCGUGACAAAUUGAAAUUCAUGAUUACCCCCGUCUUCGAUAAUGUGGCCAAGAAGGUGCAAUACACCUCCAUAAAGGAUGAAGAUUGUCCCGAAGUUCAUGUUUAGAUUAGGUUGGGUGAUAGUUGCUGUGUUUUAUUGCAGUCCUAUACAGAGCAAGUCAGGUGUUCUGAAUAAAAUAUCAGUGCAAAGUUGUACUGGUAAGUUAUCGAUAACAUGCAAUAACAGAUAAUAAGAAACGAUUAAUCGUGAUUUGCUCUAUAUGGUACUAAACUAAAACACAGCAAGUGUUUUCAUUUUCAUAAGAGUCAUGUUCUCAUACGUCUGUUGGAAUUGGACUUAUCCUUACAAGCGGGAAAACGAUAACGAAAUUAUCGAUUAUUGUAAGAAGAGGUGGGGAGAAAAUAUACUUCCAACAGCUAUUGAGAAAAUGGCCAUCGUUUUUUUUUCUAAAACUCUAGACUAAACUUAAAACAAAAGCAAAUCAAAGAUAAGUGUAUCAUAUAUAUAAAAAAAUAAUUAACAAAAAACAACAUGGAAAAAGGAAAAAAACUGACAUUAAUAAAAAACACUUGCAAAUAGAUGAUAGCCAUCCCUAAAAAAAAUAAACAACAAAACGCGCCAUUUAAACUUAAUUAAAAUAAAACUAAAUGAUUUUCUAAUUUUUGUUAUCAAAAAAAAAAAAAAAAGAUGAAUGAAAAAAUUUAAAAAAAAACGUGCCAUUAUCAACAACAUGAAACCAUAUCUAAUUACGAAGCACAGUGGGGCGAAAAUCCAAUAGCCAUUCAAAUUUUUUUUCUUCAAUGUUCAAUAGUUUGAGAGACUAUCAGAUAAAAACAUUUGCCAGCAGUGCAGAUACUACAUAGCUACUGUCCCUACUUAUUUUUUGAUUUAUAGUAUAUGUGUCAGGAAUAUCCCAGUUCAAUGUUUCGAAGUGUUACAAACGCAAUGACUUUAUUAGUUAACCCCCUUCAUAUGGUGCUGGGUAUAACAAUAAGAGUGUUCAUGUACUCAGUUUUUACUGUAAGUCGUUUGCGUACUUUAUUUACCAGCAAAAGGGAGCGGAAAAUUGCGUGAGAGGGAGCUAAAUUUUGAGAGUUUGGUAAUUGAAACCUGCAAAUUUCUACUGGAGGUUUUUUUUCAACAGAAAUUUGCAGCAUUGGACAGCUGUUUUAUGAAAACCAGUUGUACAACUUAAAGAUAGUAACGGCUGCUCCUACUCUUCUGCGUGUUUUUACUGGAAAAGUACGCGAAGAGACCCAAUAUGACAUUUGAGUUACGCCAGUGCUAGUUGACUAAAGAUUUUUGUAAUUAAGCCAGUUAGGCAGGAUUCACUAAUAUAAAGUUAAGUCACUUACAAAACCACAAAGUGAAUAGACCCCAUGAACAUCAUUAAGAUUGUCAAAAUCUGUUUAUUGUGAAUGUUAAUAAAUGUCAGUAAAAAUGUUUUUCUCUAAAAAUAAUCAGCAUAUAGCACAUCCACGCAUUAUUUUUUCUUUUUCGUUCACAUUUUUCCGGCUUGAAAUAUUUUAAUUUUGUGUAUUGAUAUGGACAAACACACAUUACAAGCAAGCAAGAAAACGUUAACAAAGACAAAUUUGAUCAGCUUAAUGACGGAAAUUAAAAAAAAAAUUGCAUGUCGGCUGAUCGCUUGGCUUAACCUUGUUAAGUGAAUCCUGCCAGUGAGGCUAUCUAACUGUCAUUAUUAGCUGUUUAUUGAGAUACUUGCUGCAUUUUACUUGAAUAUUGCAUAGACAAAAAAUGAAGAACAAAAAUAGAACGCAAAAAUGCUUCAAAUGCAAAUCUGUUUUUUUUUUGCCAUGAGGUAGUAAAGCCGUUUGCCAACCUGUCAAAACAAUACGAGGAAAAAGUGAGAAUAUUUGUAAAAUUUAUAAAUAAAACUUGCAAAAUAUUUGCGGGCAUAGAAGUCAAACAAAAUUUAUUAAGAUUUGCGCACAUAAUUUUAUAAAUAAUUGAUUUUAAUUUUGCCAUUCACAAUAGAGGAAUUUUUGCGAGUAGCCAGGCUUAAAGGCGCUAUUACACGGCAUGUAGAUGUCUUAAAACAUGUCACUUUUUGCAUUCACAUGUAAUUGAAAAUGUUUGUUAAAAUUGUCAAUUUAUAUACGAUUCAUCGUGUUUGCUAUCGCACCCGUAUCUUUUUUUCGUAUGACAUAACCUACAAAUUUGAGCAAAAGCUGAUUUUUUGUAUGCGUAAAAAUUGUGAGAAAGCUGGUUAGAAUAUAAAUUUGUGAAAAUAAUUUAAUUUGGGGUUGCUUUCAUUCGACUGACAACAAAGACAGUUAAUUUCUUUAUGUUUUUGUCAGAAGGAAUAGAGAGCGUUCUCUAUCGCUCUACUUUGAAAAGCGAUUUUCGUUUGUAUCACUCGACAUGUACAACUCAACCAGUGUUGCCACUCAAGAAAACUAUUUCCUACCAAAAUUUAAGAAAAAUCUUACCAAACGCGAUCAAAACCUACCAAAUGUUGUGCCAAAAAUCUGCUAUAGAAUGUGUUUUUACCCACCACCGAACAGUUGGCCAUUUUGCCAUUCCAUUUGGAAAACAUCAAAUUGCAUAAUAUACAAUUUCAAGGAUAAAAAAAUACUAGACAUUUCAAUUUGCGGCAUUUGCCGCUCAAGGUAGUUUGGUUGGGGGUAGAUUUUUGUUGUUGUGCUAAUGACAUACCUCUUAAUUGAACCAUGUGGGAAUGCACUAAAUAACUACCAAUAGCAUGCGAUAACGGACGAAUACUAGCACUUUGCAUACCAUAGUAUUAAAAGUAUGUAGACCUAAAUAGGGUUUCCUCCACAUUUCAUUUAGCUCUUUUCAAUUUUCCCCCACUGUUCUUUGGCAAACAAUUUUACUUAUUGUAUGACAAACACAUAUUUUAAAUGAGCAACUUUAAUUUGAAAAUCUCAGUCUUCUUUUCUACUGUCAAUUAAUUAAUUGUUUAAUUAUCUUUUGGAAAACAAAAAAAAGACCACAAUGCAUUUAUUAUUACAAAAACAAAGGGAGGAAGACGAGUAUAAAAAGCUAAAGCAUCAAAAACAAAACUAUAAAAAAAAACAAACGAAAUAACGAAAAAAUUAGGCCAUAAUUAUUAUUAUUAUUAUUAAUCAAAUAGUCUAUAAAUAUAUAGCGAUAAAUAUGCAAUUUUUUUAUUAACACCACAUAUGUAUGUAAUUAUUAUUUCUCAC